AUGCUCCCCCUGCACCCAGUGUCAAGCUAUUUGCUGUUUAAAGAUCAGCACAGAGUGUUCAUCUCUCUUUUAUUUUGGUCUGUGUCAGGAAAUGCCUACAGAGAAUGCCUGGGCAAUGGGACAUGGGCUUCCAAGAUAAACUACUCUCAGUGCGAGCCUAUUCUGGAUGACAAGAGGAAGUAUGCGCUCCAUUACAAGAUUGCUCUCAUCAUAAACUACCUGGGGCACUGUAUAUCAGUAGGGGCCCUUAUAGUUGCCUUUAUGCUUUUCUUGUGCUUGAGGAGUAUCAGAUGCCUGCGGAAUAUUAUCCACUGGAACUUGAUCACCACAUUCAUCCUGAGGAAUGUGAUGUGGUUUCUGCUUCAAAUGAUAGAUCACAACAUACAUGAAAGCAAUGAACCCUGGUGUCGAUGUAUUACCACUGUCUACAAUUAUUUUGUGGUGACCAACUUUUUCUGGAUGUUUGUGGAAGGCUGCUAUUUACAUACUGCUAUAGUGAUGACUUACUCCACUGAUAAGCUGCGGAAAUGGGUCUUUCUCUUCAUAGGAUGGUGUAUUCCUUGCCCAAUCAUCAUUGCCUGGGCCAUUGGCAAGCUAUAUUAUGAAAAUGAACAAUGCUGGUUUGGAAAAGAACCAGGGAAAUAUAUCGACUACAUAUAUCAAGGGCCAGUGAUUCUUGUUCUUCUGAUAAACUUUGUAUUUCUGUUUAACAUAGUUAGGAUUUUAAUGACAAAGCUGAGAGCUUCAACCACUUCAGAGACAAUACAGUACAGGAAGGCAGUCAAGGCAACGUUAGUUCUUCUGCCUCUGCUGGGCAUCACCUACAUGCUUUUCUUUGUCAACCCUGGCGAAGAUGACAUUUCCCAGAUUGUUUUCAUCUAUUUCAAUUCCUUCCUGCAAUCUUUUCAGGGUUUCUUUGUGUCAGUAUUUUACUGCUUUUUGAAUGGCGAGGUCCGUUCUGCUGCCAGGAAACGAUGGCACCGCUGGCAAGACCAUCACUCCCUCCGAGUGCGUGUGGCACGUGCCAUGUCUAUCCCCACCUCUCCAACACGAAUCAGCUUCCAUAGCAUCAAACAGACCGCAGCCGUGUGAUACGCCCUCACAUACACGCGCACCUGGUGGCCUUCAGGGUUCUUCUUUCUUCACUCUCCCCAAGCCCGUUUCUGCAAACUUUCUUCCUUUGUUCUUCACUGAUCUCUUUUGCAAUGAGGUGCCCAUCAUAUUUUUGUGGACUCUCAUCUCCUGUAUUUGUGAUGCUGCUUUAAGGCAACCAGGCAAAGGCCUCCUGAAGUAGGUGGUGGUGAAGCAGAUUCAAAGAAGAAAGAGAUUCAACACUGACUGCACCUUGUGGAAGUUCACAGUACAAAGUCUAAAACAGCACACUGGCUGGAACAA